AUGGACUGGGACCAGUUUGACUUGAACCCUAAAGUAAUUGCCGCCCUUAAGAAAGCUGACAUAAAAUCAAUAAAAGAGAUUUUAAAUCUUUCUGGAGCAGACUUGCAAAGAUUGAUGAAACUAUCCAGUGCAGAUAUACAGUGCUUACUGAAAACAGUCUCUUACGCACUGAGGAGAAACAGUAUGCUUACAGCACUUCAGCUCUACCAAGAUAAAGAUCAUCUCACCUCCCAGCACCAGAAGCUAAGCCUGGGAUGUUCAGUACUAGACAACUUGUUAAAAGGUGGCAUUCCUUUAGUGGGAAUCACAGAACUUGCUGGGGAAAGUUCUGCUGGGAAGACUCAGAUUAGUUUACAGCUGUGCCUUUGUGUGCAGUAUCCUUACAAAUAUGGUGGAUUAGAGUCUGGAGCUGUCUACAUUUGUACAGAAGAUGUAUUCCCAAGUAAACGUUUGCAACAACUCAUAGAUCAACAGCAUAAGCUGCGUGCGGAUGUUCCAGCUGAAAUCAUACAGAAGAUCAAAUUUGGAAACAGUAUUUUUGUUGAGCAUGCAGCAGACCUAGAUACCUUUCACAACUGCAUUACUAAAAGGAUUUCACUACUGCUCACAAGAGGCAUGGUGCGGUUGGUGGUCAUAGACUCUAUUGCUGCUUUGUUUCGAUGCGAAUUUGGAGUUUCGGAUUCGGUUAUGAAGGCUCGGUAUUUGCAGACAUUUGGAGCCCAGCUUCACAGUUUAAGCACAAGAUUCAGGACUCCCAUAAUGUGCAUUAAUCAGGUGACCGAUGCAGUGAGCGAGUCAGAAGCUGCUCAGUGCAGUUGUAGUGUAGUGGGUAACAGAGUCUCUCCAGCACUUGGAAUAACCUGGGCAAAUCAACUGCUCAUGAGACUGAUGGUCAGCCGAAUCUCACAACCUGAACCGUCACCUGGAGCUGCAUCACACCACACUGGAAGCGUGAGGACUUUAAGAGUAGUUUUUGCUCCUCAUCUCCCUCCAUCCUUUUGCUACUAUACAGUAACAUUGGAAGGUGUAAAAGGAAUAAAAUAA